GUCAUGGCAGGGAUUCUGUGCUUAUGUGGGAUGAUGCGACUGUUGACUGCCUUGUUCAUCCCAGUACUGAUUGCCAGCAUUGGUUUGUGCCUCGUCUUGGUGUUGCUCUUUAUUUGCACUCGAUUGUGGAUUCAGCGAAAGAAAAAGCAGAGCGUGGAAAUAGGAAAAGAUGGGAAAAAGAAAAGAGUGGUGGCGUUUUUUCACCCAUACUGCAAUGCUGGAGGUGGAGGAGAGAGAGUACUGUGGUGUGCACUGAGAUCUCUGCAAAAGAGGUACAAAGAUGCGAUCUAUGUCAUUUAUACCGGUGACAAAGAUGUGUCUGAGGAACAGAUCCUUAAUGGCGCAGCUGCAAGGUUUAACAUCAAGCUGUCCCACCCUGUAAAGUUCAUCUUCCUGGAAAAGCGAGGACUUGUGGAAGCGAGUUUUUAUCCCCGUUUUACUUUGCUGGGCCAGAGUCUGGGCUCUGUUGUUUUAGGCUGGGAAGCUCUUACAAAGUGUGUGCCAGAUAUUUACAUUGAUUCUAUGGGCUAUGCAUUUACAUUGCCUCUUUUCAAGUAUGUCGGAGGAUGCCAAGUUGGCUGCUAUGUGCAUUACCCUACUAUCAGCAUGGAUAUGCUGUCUGUUGUGCGCAGCCAGAACGCGAGAUUCAACAAUGCUGCUUUCAUCUCUAACAAUCCUGUUCUGAGCAGGCUCAAACUGAUUUAUUAUUACCUGUUUGCAGUAAUCUAUGGAUGGGUUGGUUCAUGUAGUGACGUCAUCAUGGUUAACUCAACAUGGACUUUCGCCCACAUCCUUGAUCUUUGGAAGUGUAGUGAGCGUACCAGCAUCGUUUAUCCCCCUUGUGAUGUUCAGACAUUUUUAGAUAUUAAUUUGAAUCAGCACAAAGACAUAGAGGAGCAUUCCAUUGUUUCUAUUGGGCAGUUUAGGCCCGAGAAGGACCACCCUUUGCAAAUAUGCGCGUUUGCAGCCUUACUUAAAAAGAAAACCACUGAAAAACUUAAGCUGAAACUUAUCCUAAUUGGGGGAUGUCGAAACAAUGAAGAUGAACUACGUGUAUCAGAACUGAAAAAACUCAGCUCUGAACUCGGAAUUCCUGUGGAGUUCAAAGUAAACAUUCCGUUUGCAGAACUAAAGAAACAUUUGAGUGAAGCUACCAUUGGCUUGCACACCAUGUGGAACGAGCACUUUGGAAUUGGCAUAGUUGAGUGCAUGGCAGCUGGUACCAUAAUUCUGGCUCAUAACUCUGGAGGCCCAAAACUGGAUAUUGUGGUGCCUUAUGAAGAACAUGAGACUGGCUUCUUGGCAGAUAGCGUGGAGAGCUAUGCAGCAGCAAUGGAUUAUAUUCUGUGUCUGACACCAGAACAGAGGCUAACUAUAAGGCAAAAUGCACGUCGUUCUGUUGCCAGAUUUUCAGAUCAGGAAUUUGAAGCUAAUUUCCUAGCCUCUUCAGAGCCACUAUUUAUGUGAGCCAUUUGACAAUGUUCCCUGUAUAUAUUUUAUUUUCCGCGCUGAGGACAGCAGCUGUAUAAAAUGUUUUUUUUAUUGUGCACUGUAAAUAUACAGUGAUAUUCGCAGAUAAUAAUAUACACUGAGUACUUGGAGCUACAAACUCUGUAAGACCUUGCUAAAGUCGUGGCAGGUAAAGUUAAUUUAUUUAUGAGCUGGUGGGAUCUAAUUUAUUAGUAAUAUAAAGCCACUGUGAUUAUAUGGAAUUGUGCAGGUUACUUAUUGCUAACUAACUUUGCUACUGCAUUAAACUUUGGGGUUUAAAAGAACUCAGUCGUGACAACUAUCUGCCCAUAGAGUACAAUUGCGUCACCGCGACAAAUCGCAUGCACAGUUUUGUUGCGUAGAUUAGUCGCUGCGACUUUUCAAAAAAGUUGCAGUGACUAAUCUACACGUGUGUCUUCGCUCUAAGGCAGUGGUUGUCAGCCUUUGUCAAUGCAAGCCCCACUUAAAGGUAAACUCUGGUUACUGAAACAAAAUUUGUUAAAAAGCCCCGUACAACACAAAAACCCCUAAUAUACCUAUCCCUGUAAUCUGUUGCUUCAAAACGUAUGAAUAAAUACCAUUUUUAUAAAAUGAA